AUAUGCUCUGUUUUAGUUGAGACCAUUACCAGAAAAUGGAGGAUCAAGACAGUCCUCUUAGCUGGGGUUACUACUACAAGGAAGAGGGGAUUGAGGAGUUGAAGCAUUCUCUCUUGUACACAAGUCUAGAGCUAGAGGCUACACUCCUAUCUGCUCAUGAGGAGCUUGCAAGGAAAGAUGAUGAACUCAUGCAUUUCAAAACUCUUUUGACAAAUACCAUCAAGGAGAGAGACAAAACCCAGGCAAAAUGCCAAAGGCUAAUGCUGGAUAAACUCAUACUCCAACAACAAUUGCAACCAUACUUUCUACUGCAGCCAGAAUUGGCUAGCAUAGAAGGCGAACCGAGAGGCGGGGGUGAAUCCAAUACUCUGUUCUCUUCCUCAGAUUGUGAUGAACCCAUCACCGCAUCCCCGGGUAAGGACCCAAUUCCACCACCAGCAUUGCCGCCACCAGCACCAGCAGAAGUGGCAGAAAAAUUAGUACUCGAAAAGCGAUUGCCAGAGAAGGGAAAGUUUUUGGAGGCAGUACUGGAAGCAGGGCCACUCCUUCAAACACUUCUCCUGGCUGGACCAUUACCUCAAUGGCAGCACCCACCUCCUCAACUCAAUUCCAUUGAAAUCCCACCAGUCACCCUUUCUUCUCCAAAACCAAUGAUUUUGCACCAGGACUCGUGUGUGAGUUCAAGUGGUUGCUUCAACAAGAAGAGGGGUCAAGUGAACAGUGAAGGAUAUGAAUUAUCUCCCAAAGCAAAGAAUCAGAAGAUGGUUCACCAAUCAUCAAUGACCAACAUCUAGUGCUUCCCAUAAUUAGCUAAAAAAAAAAAAUCAGCAUGAAAUGGAUGGGUAUGAUGCACCUUUUCGUACGAUCCCGCGUCGGUUAAGUAUGAACUCAGAUGCGUGGAUAUAAAUUCGUAGACACCCUUUCUUUGUAAGCUGGUUUUCUACAACGAGUUAGUGUUACUGCUUGAACCAGUGUAGUAGUUUAUCUUAGAACCUAAGAAGCCUUAACUAAUUAUAAGAGAGAGAAAGAGAAGGCAUAAUCAUAGCCUUUUUAGCCUUUAGGUUGGAUGACUUUUACUUUUUCUUCUAUGUCUACUCUAAUUUCCAUUAAGGAGUGAAUUGGGGUUUUGAAUUCUUCAAAAUA